AUGACCUCCGGAACCAGUGAUUCGGGCACCCAAACCCCAAUGGCGCCCACGGCGCAACAACCGACCCCCGAUGGGGAGCAGGCUCCCUAUGCCUUCCCAACGGAAAAACUGAGGUUGCGACAGACACAAGUCGGGAAGACGCCCCUGGUACUGGUUGCUUGCGGCUCAUUCUCUCCAAUCACGUUUUUACAUCUCCGGAUGUUUGAGAUGGCGGGUGAUUUUAUCCGCUUCAACACAGACUUUGAGGUCUGUGCUGGGUACUUGUCGCCGGUCAGCGACGCCUACAAGAAGGUGGGGCUGGCCCCGGGUCACCACCGGGUCAAUAUGUGCUCACGGGCCGUCGAGCAGUCGGCCUGGCUUAUGGUCGACCCGUUCGAGACGGUCAACAGCGACGAAAAGGGCGAGCCACAAUACGUGCCCACCGCCAAGGUCCUGCGCCACUUUGACCACGAGAUCAACACCGUUUUGGGCGGCAUCGAGGGUACCGAUGGCCAGAGGAGGAAGGCGCGCAUCGCGCUCCUUGCCGGUGCCGAUCUCGUCAUGUCUAUGGGCGAGCCCGGACUCUGGGCACCACAAGACCUGGAUACUAUUCUUGGGCAGUACGGUGCGUUCAUUGUUGAGCGUUCCGGGACCGAUAUCGACGAGGCUCUCGCUUCGCUUAGGCAGUAUGAGGACAACAUCUGGGUGAUCAGCCAAGUCAUCCAGAACGAUAUCAGCUCCACCAAGGUCCGGCUGUUCUUGAAGAAGGACCUCAGUGUCCGGUACCUGAUUCCAGACCCCGUCGUCGAGUACAUCGAUGAGCACCAGCUCUUUUCCGAACCAAACCCCAGCAAGUCCCGGAGCGGCACGCCAGACGUCACAGCCGGUCCCUCAAAUUCCAAGCCGAUCAAGGGCUAA